CUUUCAUUCCAUAUAUUCGGAUUUUCAUUCCAUAUAUUCAGAGUUUCAUUCCAUAUAUUCAGACUUUCAUUCAAUAUAUUCAGAGUUUCAUUCAAUAUAUUCCGAAAUUUUUUCCUACCGAGCCCCAGAAGGGACAUGUCGGUAUGGCGAAACGACAAUGGAGGACACCCACCUGUACGAGAGUUUUAUUGAGGUUUAUUUUGAAAUCGGCCUAAAACACAAAGACAUUCAAGCAGUGCUUAACAAGAGGCACAGUUUUCACAUAAACGAUACUGCUUUUCGAGCAAGCUGGUUCCAGUGCAAGUUCGGAGCCAGUGUCUGACUGAGCACCAGUUCCUUGUGUUUCCACCAACUAACCACCGGCUCCUGGGGACGCAGCAGUUAUCGGCCAAAACAAUCCCGCUUUGACCGGCUGCAUUCUGUGAUUCUAGCCGGGGCUGCUUCCUUUUCCCCUUCACUCUGUGUUCCAUCUCCUCCAAAGCAUCUGGAUUGGGUUCAGGUCAGGUGACUGUGGAGGCCAGGUCAUCUCCAUCAUCUCCUUCUUGGUCAGAUAGUCCUUCUACAGCCUGGAGGUGUGUUUGGGUUCUUUGUCCUGCUGGAGAAUAAAUGAUGGUCCAACUAAACCAAACCAGAUGGGAUGUCAUGUCGCUGCAGGAUGCUGUGGUAGAACCAUGCUGGUUCAGGGUUCCUUCAGUUUGGAAUAAAUCCCCAACAGUGUCACCAGCAAAGCUCCCCAACACCAUCAUACCUCCUCCUCCAUGCUUCACGAUGGAACCAUGCAUGUAGAGAUCAUCCAUUCACCUUCUCUGGUCUCACGAAGAUAUGGUGGGUAGAACCAAAGAUCUCAGAUUUGGACUCAUCAGACCAGAGCCCAGAUCUCCACUGGUCUAAUGUCCAUUCCUGGUGUUUCUGGGUCCAAACUAAUCUCUGCUGCUUGUUGCUUUUCCUUAGUAGUGGUUUCUGAGCAGCUAUUUGACCAUAAAGGCCUGAUUGGUUCAGUCUCCUCUGAACAGUUGAUCUAGAGAUGUGUCUGCUACUAAAACUCUGUGUGGCAUUUAUCUGGACUCUAAUCUGAGCUGCUGUUAACUUUCCAUUUCUGAGGCUGGAGACUCGGAUGAACUUCUCAGCAGCAGAGGAGACUCUUGGUCUUCCUUUCCUGGGGAGGUCCUCAUGGAGCCAGUUUGGUCGUAGAGCUGGAUGGUUUUAGAGACUGAACUUGGGGAUACAUUCAAAGUCCUUGUAGGUUCCUGGGUAGUUCCUCGAUGGUUCCUGGUGGGUUCCUGGGUAGUUCCUAGAUGGUUCCUGGUAGGUUCCUGGGUAGUUCCUAGAUGGUUCCUGGUAGGUUCCUGGGUAGUUCCUAGAUGGUUCCUGGUAGGUUCAUGGGUAGUUCCUAGAUGGUUCCUGGUAGGUUCCUGGGUAGUUCCUAGAUGGUUCCUGGUAGGUUCAUGGGUAGUUACUAGAUGGUUCCUGGUAGGUUCCUGGGUAGUUCCUAGAUGGUUCUUUGUAGGUUCCCGGGCAGUUCCUAGAUGGUUCCUUGAGGAUUCAUUCAAAGUUUUUUCAGUUUUCUGGACUGACUGACAUUCAGUUCUUAUAGUAAUAAUGGACUGUCAUUUCUCCAACGACAACAACCUGACUCCUGCCCAACACAACUGAUGGUUCCAACCCCAUUACAGUUUUUCUCAAUUCGUAAGACACUGUUCCUGAAAAAUAGCACACAUUUCCCAACACACUGCACACUAUUUUCUUUAUUUGAACACAAUUCACAAAGCACUGCACACUUGUAUAAAAAGUGUACUUUAUUGUCAAAAUCUGAACUUUGUUUCAAAAUUAAGACACACGAAGCAAAACUAGGACACUGCACUGCUAAAUACAAAACACUCUUCUCUCACUGUGUUUUCACAUGAAGUAUAAAAAAUGAUACAGUCCUCAAAAAUGACAACUUCAACACAAAUGCAUCCUAUAAAUGAAUCAGAGGAGUCAUUGCAGUGCCUGACUGUACAUUAUAAAAUAAAAAUAAUGUUAGACUAAAAUACAGCACUGUAUUGUACACAGUACAGUCUGCAGAUAUUUACACCACGUCUGCAUCAAUUCUUUCAGCCUGGUCAGACCUCAGGACCUCAUCAACAGAUCGACCUUCUGCUGAUGGUUUUAGGUUUUAAUCCUCGUUCUUCUUUAUUCCAUUUACUUUGUGUAAAGCUCCAGUUUCACAGAGCAUGAUACUGCCACCACCAUGCUUAAUGGCAGGUUUGGUGUUCUUGGGGUAAAAAAAUCUAAGACCCGUCCAUGACAGUCUUAAACCAGUCCUGAACCAGUCCUUAAAAGUCUGAGUAGAUACUCAGUCUUCCAGGUCAUGGUAAUUGUAGGAGCUUCAGUAGAACUAAACUGGACAUGUUUCGUAGGUUCUUGAAGAUGUUUCACCUCUCAUCGAGGAGGCUUCUUCUGUUCAUCUUCUUCAACUGAAGAAGCCUCUUGGAUGAAUCUGAUUGAAGAACGAACUGAAAGAAAAGUUCUGAUCAUGAUUCUGUUCGUCUCUUCAACAGCUCAACACAUCAAGUUGAUCGCAGCUAAAAUUAACGUGUUUCCCAACGCUGAAGGAACAAAUGGUUCUAUCAUAUGUUCCUUUGGUUCCUCUGGAGGCCGGAAAUUCUUCUGUAGGAGAGAAUGUAAAGAGGAAGAUGUCCUGAUUAAAACUGAUGAGGACACAUCUCAGAACGGCAGAUACAGCGUCCAGUACGAACACAAAUCAGCCCAGAGAGGGUUUCUGACUGUGAACAUCGCUCAGCUGAUCAAGUCCGACUCAGGACGGUACCGAUGUGGUUUGGGCGGAUCCCUGGUUCCUCAGAGAUAUGUGGACUUUGACAUUAAGGUUACUGAUGGCUGGUUCACCACUAUUUACACCAAGUUCCUGCAGUGGAAAAUGACCAGGAACAGUCAUCUGUAAACGUGGAAGGGGAUCUCCAGCAACACUUAUCAGGUACUUGUAAUGCUGUGUACCAUCUCUGACCAAUUCUAGAGUUUUUUUUCUUUUCUAACCCUUCAGCCUCUCUUAGGAAAGACUUGGAAUAAGCACAAAUGCAUUUUUGAUUCAUACAGAUGCGACUUCACCUCAGUUUGAACUGAUUUACAGAUGCACCACCAGUAAAUGCUGUAUCUGGAAGACAACAAGAGGCAGCUUUCCACUGGAGGAACUCUGCUGUGCAAGAUUUAACAGUUUGAAGUGGGUAGAAAACCAGCAACAAGUAGCAGUUCCUGGACCUCAUGCCAGUUCUAAGUAGGAAAUGGAACAACAGAGAAGAAUGUAAGGACAUCACAAGCAGAAACAAGAGGUAAUAGUGACCAGUGUAAAGUAGAAGAAGUUUGUACCGCAGUAUGAAUACUUUUUUUUUUUUUUUUUUUUUUUAA